AUGUCUGGCGGAAGGCGCGCCUCAGUGCGCCCCGCGCCGCGCGGGGGCCGGUGGAGCCUGCCUGCGCCCCACCAGCAGCAACUGAGGGUAGAUGAAAGGCAGUGUUUAGACGUUUCUGAUCCUUCCCCAUUUCAGUGUCUAGUCCAUUCACUUCCACGUCUGAGCCCCAAGCCACAGCAGUUUGACGUGCCCAACGUAUGCGGAUCCAGGUUCCACUCCUACUGCUGCCCCGGAUGGAAGACGCUCCCAGGAGGAAACCAGUGCAUUGUCCCAAUUUGUAGAAAUAGUUGCGGAGAUGGAUUUUGUUCACGUCCUAACAUGUGUACUUGUUCCAGCGGCCAAAUAUCACCAACCUGUGGAUCAAAAUCAAGUACGUUUUUCGUAUGUGACCUUAUUUACUGCGUUAUCUCUGUCUGUGAAAAUGGAUGUCAGAAUGGUGGACGUUGUAUCGGACCUAACCGCUGUGCUUGUGUUUAUGGAUUCACUGGUCCACAGUGUGAAAGAGAUUACAGGACAGGUCCGUGUUUCACUCAGGUCAACAACCAGAUGUGCCAGGGGCAGCUUACAGGCAUUGUGUGUACCAAGACACUGUGCUGUGCCACCAUCGGACGGGCCUGGGGCCACCCCUGCGAGAUGUGUCCAGCCCAGCCUCAGCCCUGCCGACGGGGCUUCAUCCCCAACAUACGCACGGGAGCUUGCCAAGAUGUUGAUGAAUGCCAGGCUAUUCCUGGGAUAUGCCAGGGAGGAAACUGUAUCAAUACAGUGGGCUCUUUUGAGUGCAAAUGUCCUGCUGGUCACAAGCAGAGUGAAACUACUCAGAAAUGUGAAGACAUUGACGAGUGCAGCAUCAUUCCUGGGAUAUGUGAAACUGGCGAAUGUUCCAACACCGUGGGAAGCUAUUUUUGCGUUUGUCCACGUGGAUAUGUAACCUCAACAGAUGGCUCUCGGUGUAUUGAUCAGAGAACAGGCACAUGUUUCUCAGGCCUGGUGAACGGUCGCUGUGCGCAAGAGCUUCCGGGCAGGAUGACCAGAAUGCAGUGCUGCUGUGAGCCCGGCCGCUGCUGGGGCCUUGGGACCAUUCCUGAAGCCUGUCCCGCCAGGGGCUCCGAGGAAUAUCGCAGACUUUGCUUGGAUGGCCUUCCCAUAGGAGGGAUUCCAGGGAGUGCUGGCUCCAGGCCUGGAGGCGCGGGGGGGAAUGGCUUUGCCCCGGGUGGCAACGGCAAUGGCUAUGGCCCCGGAGGAGCAGGCUUCAUCCCCAUCCCUGGAGGCAACGGCUUUUCUCCUGGCGUUGGGGGAGCUGGCGUAGGGGCCGGGGGACAGGGGCCCAUCAUCACCGGGCUAACUAUUCUGAACCAGACAAUAGAUAUCUGUAAGCACCAUGCUAAUCUCUGUUUAAAUGGACGCUGCAUACCUACUGUUUCUAGCUACCGAUGUGAAUGCAACAUGGGUUAUAAGCAGGAUGCAAAUGGGGAUUGCAUAGAUGUUGAUGAAUGCACAUCAAAUCCCUGCACCAAUGGAGAUUGUGUUAACACACCUGGCUCCUAUUAUUGUAAAUGUCACGCCGGAUUCCAGCGGACUCCUACCAAGCAAGCAUGCAUUGAUAUUGAUGAAUGCAUCCAGAAUGGGGUUCUUUGUAAGAAUGGUCGAUGUGUGAACACAGAUGGAAGUUUCCAGUGCAUUUGCAACGCUGGCUUUGAAUUAACUACAGAUGGAAAAAACUGUGUUGACCAUGAUGAAUGUACAACCACCAACAUGUGUUUGAAUGGGAUGUGCAUUAAUGAAGAUGGCAGUUUCAAGUGCAUCUGCAAACCAGGAUUUAUCUUGGCUCCAAAUGGGCGUUACUGCACUGAUGUUGAUGAGUGCCAGACCCCAGGAAUCUGCAUGAAUGGGCAUUGCAUCAACAAUGAAGGGUCCUUUCGCUGUGACUGUCCCCCAGGUCUGGCUGUGGGUGUGGACGGACGCGUGUGUGUUGAUACUCACAUGCGCAGUACAUGCUACGGUGGGAUCAAGAAGGGAGUGUGUGUCCGGCCCUUCCCCGGUGCGGUGACCAAGUCUGAAUGCUGCUGUGCCAAUCCAGACUAUGGUUUUGGAGAACCCUGCCAGCCAUGCCCUGCUAAAAAUUCAGCUGAAUUCCAUGGCCUUUGUAGUAGUGGAGUAGGUAUCACAGUGGAUGGAAGAGAUAUCAAUGAGUGUGCUCUGGAUCCUGAUAUAUGUGCCAAUGGAAUUUGUGAGAAUUUACGUGGUAGUUACCGGUGUAACUGCAACAGUGGCUAUGAACCAGAUGCCUCUGGAAGAAAUUGUAUUGGAAGUGGGAUUCAAAAAUUAACAAGGUGCUACAGCUGCACCUGCCCGCCUGGCUAUGUGUUCAGGACGGAGACGGAGACGUGUGAAGAUAUAAAUGAAUGUGAAAGCAACCCAUGUGUCAAUGGGGCCUGCAGGAACAACCUUGGAUCUUUCAAUUGUGAAUGUUCUCCUGGCAGCAAACUCAGCUCGACAGGAUUGAUCUGUAUUGACAGCCUGAAAGGGACGUGUUGGCUCAACAUCCAGGACAACCGCUGUGAGGUGAACAUCAAUGGAGCUACUCUGAAAUCCGAAUGCUGCGCCACGCUUGGGGCCGCCUGGGGCAGCCCCUGUGAGCGCUGUGAGCUAGAUACAGCUUGCCCAAGAGGGUUUGCCAGGAUAAAAGGUGUUACUUGUGAAGACGUUAAUGAGUGUGAGGUGUUUCCUGGCGUUUGCCCAAAUGGACGCUGCGUCAACAGCAAAGGAUCUUUUCAUUGUGAGUGCCCUGAAGGCCUUACAUUGGAUGGAACUGGCCGUGUGUGUUUGGAUAUCCGCAUGGAGCAGUGUUACUUGAAGUGGGAUGAGGACGAAUGCAUCCAUCCUGUACCUGGGAAGUUCCGCAUGGAUGCCUGCUGCUGUGCGGUCGGAGCAGCUUGGGGCACAGAGUGUGAGGAGUGCCCCAAACCUGGCACCAAAGAGUAUGAGACCCUGUGCCCGCGGGGCCCUGGCUUUGCGAACAGAGGGGAUGUCCUGACCGGGAGGCCAUUUUACAAAGAUAUCAAUGAGUGCAAAGCGUUUCCCGGGAUGUGCACCCAUGGGAAGUGCAGGAACACGAUCGGCAGCUUCAAGUGCCGUUGCAACAGUGGCUUCGCUCUAGACAUGGAGGAGAGGAACUGCACGGACAUCGACGAGUGCAGGAUUUCUCCUGACCUCUGUGGGAGCGGGAUCUGUGUCAACACGCCGGGCAGCUUUGAGUGCGAGUGCUUCGAAGGCUACGAGAGCGGCUUCAUGAUGAUGAAGAACUGCAUGGACAUUGACGAAUGUGAACGUAACCCUCUCCUUUGUAGGGGUGGCACCUGCGUGAACACUGAGGGCAGCUUUCAGUGUGACUGCCCACUGGGACACGAGCUGUCACCAUCACGUGAGGACUGUGUGGAUAUUAAUGAAUGCUCUCUGAGUGACAAUUUGUGUAGAAAUGGGAAAUGUGUAAACAUGAUUGGAACUUAUCAGUGCUCCUGCAAUCCUGGGUACCAGGCCACGCCAGACCGGCAGGGCUGUACAGAUAUUGAUGAGUGCAUGAUAAUGAAUGGAGGCUGCGACACGCAGUGCACGAAUGCGGAAGGAAGCUACGAAUGUAGCUGCAGCGAAGGGUAUGCCCUGAUGCCAGAUGGGAGGUCAUGCGCAGAUAUUGAUGAAUGUGAGAAUAAUCCUGAUAUCUGUGAUGGUGGGCAGUGCACCAACAUUCCUGGAGAGUACCGUUGUCUGUGUUACGACGGCUUCAUGGCUUCCAUGGACAUGAAAACCUGCAUUGACGUGAAUGAGUGUGACUUAAAUUCCAACAUCUGCAUGUUCGGGGAAUGUGAGAACACCAAGGGCUCCUUCAUUUGCCACUGUCAGCUGGGGUAUUCAGUGAAGAAAGGGACCACUGGAUGCACAGAUGUGGAUGAGUGUGAAAUUGGUGCCCACAACUGUGACAUGCAUGCCUCGUGUCUAAACGUCCCAGGAAGCUUCAAGUGUAGCUGCAGAGAAGGCUGGGUUGGAAAUGGCAUCAAAUGUAUUGAUCUGGACGAAUGUUCUAAUGGAACCCACCAGUGCAGCGUAAAUGCUCAAUGUGUUAAUACCCCAGGCUCCUACCGAUGUGCCUGCUCCGAAGGAUUCACUGGAGACGGAUUUACCUGCUCAGAUGUUGACGAAUGUGCAGAAAACAUAAAUCUCUGUGAGAACGGACAAUGCCUCAAUGUCCCAGGCGCAUAUCGCUGCGAGUGUGAGAUGGGCUUCACGCCAGCCUCAGACAGCAGGUCCUGCCAAGAUAUUGAUGAAUGCUCCUUCCAAAAUAUUUGUGUCUUUGGAACAUGUAAUAAUUUGCCUGGAAUGUUUCAUUGUAUCUGUGAUGAUGGUUAUGAAUUGGACAGAACAGGAGGGAACUGUACAGAUAUUGAUGAGUGUGCAGAUCCAAUAAACUGUGUGAACGGCCUGUGUGUCAACACUCCUGGUCGCUAUGAGUGUAACUGUCCACCCGAUUUCCAGCUGAACCCCACUGGUGUGGGGUGUGUUGACAACCGCGUGGGCAACUGCUACCUGAAGUUCGGUCCCCGGGGCGAUGGGAGCCUGUCCUGCAACACUGAGAUUGGGGUGGGCGUCAGCCGCUCCUCCUGCUGCUGCUCUCUGGGGAAGGCCUGGGGGAACCCCUGCGAGACCUGCCCCCCUGUCAACAGCACUGAAUAUUACACUUUGUGUCCUGGAGGUGAAGGCUUCAGACCUAACCCCAUUACAAUCAUCUUAGAAGAUAUUGAUGAAUGCCAGGAGUUACCAGGACUCUGCCAGGGUGGAAACUGUAUUAACACUUUCGGUAGCUUCCAGUGUGAGUGCCCUCAAGGCUACUACCUCAGCGAGGAAACCCGCAUCUGUGAAGAUAUUGAUGAGUGUUUUGCACAUCCUGGUGUGUGUGGACCUGGGACCUGCUACAACACCCUGGGAAAUUACACCUGCAUUUGCCCACCUGAAUACAUGCAGGUCAAUGGAGGCCACAACUGCAUGGACAUGAGAAAAAGCUUCUGCUACCGGAGCUAUAAUGGAACCACUUGUGAGAAUGAGUUGCCUUUUAAUGUGACAAAGAGGAUGUGCUGCUGCACAUACAACGUGGGCAAAGCCUGGAACAAACCUUGUGAACCAUGCCCAACGCCAGGGACAGCUGACUUUAAAACCAUAUGUGGAAAUAUCCCUGGAUUCACCUUUGACAUUCACACUGGAAAAGCUGUUGACAUUGAUGAAUGUAAAGAGAUUCCAGGCAUUUGUGCAAAUGGUGUGUGCAUUAACCAGAUUGGCAGUUUCCGCUGUGAAUGCCCUACGGGAUUCAGCUACAAUGACCUGCUGCUGGUCUGCGAAGAUAUCGACGAGUGCAGCAAUGGAGAUAACCUGUGCCAGCGAAAUGCAGACUGCAUCAACAGUCCGGGCAGCUACCGGUGCGAGUGCGCGGCAGGUUUCAAACUCUCACCCAACGGAGCCUGCGUAGAUCGCAACGAGUGUUUAGAAAUUCCUAAUGUUUGCAGUCAUGGCCUGUGUGUGGAUUUACAAGGAAGUUACCAGUGCAUAUGCCACAAUGGCUUUAAGGCUUCUCAGGACCAGACGAUGUGCAUGGAUGUUGAUGAGUGUGAGCGGCAUCCAUGUGGAAAUGGAACCUGUAAAAACACCGUUGGAUCCUAUAACUGUCUCUGCUAUCCAGGCUUUGCACUCACUCAUAAUAAUGAUUGCAUGGACAUAGAUGAGUGCAGUUCCUUUUUUGGUCAGGUGUGUAGAAAUGGACGGUGUUUUAAUGAAGUUGGCUCCUUCAAGUGUUUAUGUAAUGAAGGUUAUGAACUUACUCCAGAUGGCAAGAACUGUAUAGAUACGAAUGAGUGUGUUGCCCUGCCUGGCUCUUGUUCUCCUGGCACCUGUCAGAAUUUGGAGGGGUCUUUCAGAUGUAUCUGUCCCCCAGGUUAUGAAGUGAAAAGCGAGAACUGCAUCGAUAUAAAUGAGUGUGAUGAAGAUCCCAACAUCUGUCUUUUUGGUUCCUGCACCAAUACUCCUGGGGGCUUCCAGUGCAUCUGUCCCCCUGGGUUUGUAUUAUCUGAUAAUGGACGGAGGUGCUUCGAUACUCGCCAGAGCUUCUGUUUCACAAACUUUGAAAAUGGAAAGUGUUCUGUACCCAAAGCUUUCAACACCACAAAGGCAAAAUGCUGCUGUAGUAAGAUGCCAGGAGAGGGUUGGGGGGACCCCUGUGAGCUGUGCCCCAAGGAUGAUGAAGUGGCAUUCCAGGAUUUGUGUCCCUAUGGCCACGGAACUGUUCCUAGUCUUCAUGAUACCCGUGAAGAUGUUAAUGAAUGUCUUGAGAGCCCAGGCAUUUGUUCAAACGGUCAGUGUAUCAACACAGAUGGGUCUUUUCGCUGUGAAUGUCCAAUGGGUUACAACCUUGAUUACACUGGAGUGCGCUGUGUGGAUACUGAUGAAUGUUCAAUUGGCAACCCAUGUGGAAAUGGGACGUGCACCAACGUUAUUGGGAGCUUUGAAUGCAACUGCAAUGAGGGCUUUGAGCCAGGGCCCAUGAUGAAUUGUGAAGAUAUCAAUGAGUGUGCCCAGAACCCACUGCUGUGUGCUUUCCGCUGCAUGAACACCUUCGGGUCCUAUGAAUGCACGUGCCCGAUUGGCUAUGCUCUCAGGGAAGAUCAGAAGAUGUGCAAAGACCUGGAUGAGUGUGCUGAAGGGCUGCAUGACUGUGAAUCUAGGGGCAUGAUGUGCAAGAAUCUGAUUGGCACCUUCAUGUGCAUCUGCCCGCCUGGGAUGGCCCGCAGGCCUGACGGAGAAGGCUGUGUAGAUGAAAAUGAAUGCAGGACCAAACCAGGAAUCUGUGAAAACGGGCGUUGUGUUAACACUAUUGGGAGCUAUAGAUGUGAGUGUAAUGAAGGCUUUCAGUCCAGCUCUUCUGGGACCGAGUGCCUUGACAAUCGACAGGGCCUCUGCUUUGCAGAGGUGUUGCAGACCAUGUGUCAGAUGGCAUCCAGCAGCCGUAACCUUGUCACAAAGUCAGAAUGCUGCUGCGAUGGGGGGCGAGGCUGGGGUCAUCAGUGUGAGCUCUGCCCACUCCCUGGAACUGCCCAGUACAAGAAGAUAUGUCCUCAUGGCCCAGGCUAUACCACUGAUGGAAGAGAUAUUGACGAAUGUAAAGUUAUGCCAAAUCUCUGCACCAAUGGUCAGUGCAUCAAUACCAUGGGCUCGUUCCGGUGUUUCUGUAAGGCUGGCUACACCACAGACAUCAGCGGAACCUCGUGUGUAGAUCUCGAUGAAUGUUCGCAGUCCCCAAAACCCUGCAACUUCAUCUGCAAGAACGCCGAGGGGAGUUACCAGUGCUCCUGUCCCCGGGGCUAUGUCCUGCAGGAGGACGGGAAGACCUGCAAAGACCUUGAUGAAUGUCAAACCAAACAGCACAAUUGCCAGUUCCUGUGUGUCAACACUCUGGGAGGUUUUACCUGUAAAUGUCCACCUGGUUUCACACAGCAUCACACUGCUUGUAUUGACAACAAUGAAUGUGGGUCACAGCCUUCACUUUGUGGAGCAAAGGGAAUCUGUCAAAACACCCCUGGGAGUUUCAGCUGCGAAUGCCAAAGAGGGUUCUCCCUUGAUGCUACUGGACUGAACUGUGAAGAUGUUGAUGAAUGUGAUGGAAACCAUAGGUGCCAGCAUGGCUGCCAGAACAUCCUGGGAGGCUACAGGUGUGGCUGCCCGCAAGGAUAUAUUCAGCACUACCAGUGGAAUCAGUGUGUUGAUGAGAAUGAAUGCUCCAAUCCCAAUGCCUGUGGCUCUGCUUCCUGCUACAACACCCUGGGGAGCUACAAGUGCGCCUGCCCCUCUGGGUUCUCCUUCGACCAGUUCUCCAGUGCCUGCCACGACGUGAAUGAGUGCUCGUCUUCCAAGAACCCGUGCAAUUACGGCUGCUCCAACACGGAAGGGGGCUACCUCUGCGGCUGCCCACCUGGGUACUACAGAGUGGGACAGGGCCACUGCGUCUCAGGAAUGGGAUUUAACAAAGGGCAGUACCUGUCAAUGGAUACAGAGGUCGAUGAAGAGAAUGCUCUGUCCCCGGAAGCGUGCUAUGAGUGCAAAAUCAACGGCUACUCUAAGAAGGACAACAGACAGAAGAGAAGUGUUCAUGAAUCCAAACACAUUGCUGUUAAACAGAUCAGCCUGGAGAGCGUCGACAUGGACAGCCCGGUGAUGAUGAAGUUUAACGUCUCCGGCCUUGGUGCGAAGGAGCACAUCGUAGAAUUCAUGCCCGCCAUCGAGCCGCUCAACAACCACAUCCGCUAUGUCAUCUCGCAGGGGAAUGACGACGGCGUCUUCCGCAUUCACCAGAGGAAUGGGCUCAGCUACUUGCACACGGCCAAGAGGAAGCUCGUGCCUGGCAUGUACACACUGGAAAUCACUAGCGUCCCUCUCUACAAGAAAAAGGAGCUUAAGAAACUGGAAGACAGCAAUGAGGAUGACUACCUCCUAGGGGAGCUGGGGGAGGCUCUCAGAAUGAGGCUGCAGAUUCAACUCUAUUAACCCCUUGCAGACUUGGUUCCAGGCUCAAAUCCCUGCACAGCCAGCCUUCAGAAGCCUCUGAGAAAUCAAUGACUAGUUUUAAAGAGGAAAGAAAAAAAAGACUUUUGUUUCUUUCCUCCCUGUCUCAGACUUCAGAAUGUUGACCCUCACAGGGAGGGAUAAUGUAGACUCUGGUGUGGCCAAAGAUUUGAGUACAAAGGCAACCGUGGUUACUGUAUUUUUAUAUAACUUCACUUUAAAGUAUAUUAAAAAACUAAAUAUUCAAGAGAUCAGCAUAUGGCACUAAAUGCACAAAAAUAAUGUGAGCUUUUUUUUUUUUUCCUGUUAGCAGUCUGUAACACUUUGGGUAUUUUGCUAUAGUUGCUAAUUAAAAAAAUAUAGAUGUUUAUUUAUUUUUAAUGCAGUAAUAUAUGGAGAAAUGAACAAACUAUGUAAACAAAAAGGGAAACUCACUUGUUUUUCUUUAGAUUUAUAAAUUUGAGCUAUUUCUUUUAGAGGUGCUUUUUUUUAAAAAAAAAAAAAAUUCAGUAGAUUCAAGAGAUGUUUCCUUUGGUUUUCUGCCAGUCGUCCAACUGGUACACAUCUGAUUAUUUUAAAGGAAGCCUCACAGAGCUGAAUAGGCAGUAAUCAAUGUGUCAUUAGAUCCUUUAUAAAGGAGAUCAAAGCCAGAGCAGCUCACUGUGAUGAUACUCCACAUCAGCAGACACACCAGGCAACAGAGGAUGAAGCUCAACCACUGUAGCAAAAUACCUUGACUGCUUGUGAGACCAGUAGCGUUGCAGGCCAAACCGUACUGUAUUUCCUUCUCAUAACCUCAAGGAAGCACAUGUGCUACCCACAACACCUCAUUCUUACCCAGGGCAUGCUGCAUACUUGUGGUACUGUAGGCAGCUGAAGAACUGCCGUUCCUUCGGCAAGGAACACCUGGCAUUCUGUAGUGUUUGGUGCUGUCUUAGAUUAAUGGUGCAUUUAUUACAUUCAAGCUAUUUCAGGAUUGCCAUAUGUGCAAACAAACCAUGCAGUACAGCCAAGGAAUAUAUGUUUUUUUUUUUAAUCCUUUUUUUUUUUUUAGAAUUUUCAUUAAUACUGUAGUUAUACACCAUAUGUCUCGUUUUAUCAUAGCCUAUUGUGUAUGAAAGAUGUUUGUACAAUGAAUUGAUGUCUAGUUUGCUUUUAGUCAUUUAAAGAGAUAUUGUACUAGGACGUGCUAGUAAGUGUACGUCCCCGCAUUCUUCUCAACCCAGGAACCUGUCCCUGGAGCAGUGAGCAAACCUCAUACGUGAAACGGCCAAGGCACAUGCAGGCUCUGGGUUGUUCUUCUCACACCCGAGCUGACCAAAGAUUAGUCACUGGUCAUAUCCAGUUCGGGACUUUGUUUUGUUUCCUGAUAACUAAAACAAAACAAACAGUGUAAAUUUGUAAUCAAGUGUUUGUGAGGAAAAACUUACGGCUUUUGGUUUUGUUUGUUUUUCGUAGGUCUGUGUAUCAAAUAUGACACUUUUCUUGCAAUAAAGCUUAUUUUGGGGUA